AUGUUAAGAGCUACUGGUACACCUAGAUACUCUAACGAAAAUCCAAACCCUUUUUGCAAAUCCGAAUUAGAUUCAGGAAUUUGUCAUUCAUUAUUUGAUAACAAUUCUUUCAAAACUGACGAAGAAAGUGACAAUACAAUUUUAGAAAAUAACGGUUCUUUAAAUUCUACAUUACGAAAUAGUUUUAAACAAAGACUCGAAAAUUCCAUAAUUAGCACACACGACAGUGACGACGAAAACAGUCACGACGAGAACAGUGAUAGUGAAAAUUUAACAGAAAAUAACGAAAUGGCUCUACCAACAAAUCAACAAGUAUCUUUACGUGACGCUUUAGAAAUAGUUCCUUUGUUUGACGGGACUAACAUUCCAAUCUCACAUUUUAUUGAAGGGUGUUUAAAAGCAGAGCAUAUGCUUCCAGAAGGAGUAGCUCGAAAUAAUUUAGCAAAAUUAUUAAGGGCAAAAUUAAGUGGGGAUGCGCGAAAAUGUAUUUACGGAACUCAAAUAGCAAAUGUAGGCGAAUUAAUAAAUAAAUUAAAACGCGUAUAUUUGCCAGUUAAAACAGUGUACCAAUUACAGGGAGAAUUAGGAAAUAUAUAUAUGUGGGAAAAGGAAAAUAUUACAUCUUAUGCUGCGCGAAUAAAAGAAAUUGCCGAUAAAAUUGAAGAUGUUCACAGGUUAGGUAAUAACAAUGCAGUUAACGAUGUUUUUAAGGAAAAUCUAGAAAAAGACGUGAAGCAUUGCUUUGUGCGCGGAUUAAGACCCGAAAUAGAAAUUCGUAUGAAAGAAAAACCCACAUUCCGAAAGAUAGUAAACGACGCGAUUGAUAUAGAAAGGAAUUUAAGUGCUAGUUCAGAUCUUCGAAAAAGCAAAAUUAAUGAGGAUCAUAAAGCUAUAAAAAUACACUCCUUACAAGAUUCUGAUUUACCUUGUUCAAUUUACCAUUUAAACCAAGACGAAUACGAUCAUGUAGAAAAUCUUAUAAAAAAUAACGCUGACAGAUUUCAAAUGCCUGGAGAACCUUUAGAAGCAACUAAUAUUUUAAGACAUUCAAUACCAACUACAGAUGACUGCCCAAUAUUUUCAAGACAAUACCGUUUUCCUCAAAUUCACAAAGACGAAAUAACUAAACAAACAGCUUUUUCAACACCUCAUGGUCAUUAUGAAUUUGAUAGAAUGCCAUUUGGUUUAAAAACAGCACCCGCGACAUUCCAAAGACUUAUGGACUUAACAUUAACUGGACUAAUUGGAACAGAACUUUUUGUUUACCUUGAUGACAUUGUUAUUUACGCUGACACACUCGAAGAACAUGAAAAAAAAUUUAAUAAUUUAGCUGAACGACUUAGAAACGCAAAUCUUCAUUUACAACCAGACAAAUGCGAAUUUUUACGACCGGAAGUAGGGUAUUUAGGACACAUUAUCGAUAAAAAUGGUGUUCGACCCGAUCCAAGGAAAAUUAUUGCGGUUAAAAAUUUUCCUAUACCGAAAACAACAAAGAACAUUAAACAAUUUUUAGGAUUAGCAGGAUAUUAUAGAAGAUUUAUUAAAAAUUUUUCUAAAAUUGCACAUCCACUAAACCAACUUUUAAAAAAGGAUACACCUUUUAUUUGGUCAGACAAACAACAAUUAGCUUUUGACACAUUAAAACAACAUUUAUGCGAAGAACCUCUUUUACAAAGACCAGAUUUUUCCCAACCCUUCGUGCUUACAACAGACGCAUCAGGUUACGCGAUUGGAGGAAUACUUUCACAAGGGAAAAUAGGAAAAGACAAACCUAUUGCAUAUGCAUCUCGAAGCUUAAGCGAUACGGAAAAGAAAUAUGACACUUACGAGAAGGAAGCAUUAGCUAUUAUUUUUUGCGUAUCUCAUUUUCGACCAUAUUUAUACGGUAGAAAAUUUACUUUAGUAACUGAUCAUAAACCAUUAGUAUGGUUUCAAAAUUCGAAGGAUCCUUGUUCACGUGUUUCGCGUUGGAGAUUAAAAUUAGCAGAAUAUAACUAUGAAGUAGUGUACAAGGCAGGUAAAAUGAACGUGAAUGCAGACGCUCUUUCAAGAAAUCCAAUUCCUAACGAAGAAGAAUUAUUUAGAAAUCAAAAGGUGCUCGACGAUGAUACAUUUUUAACAUUCGGGGAUAAUAAAAAAUCAAGUGAAAAUAUUCACGACAGUAAUAAUACAUCUACAUUAUUACUCUUAUUAACUACUCUUCUUAACCCAAUACUUAGUGAUUACAUUACAAACACACAAUGGAAAACCAUUCUCACUAGAGCACAACGAAAAUUAGAAGAAACGGGAAUUCAAGAAAAACUUACGGAAAACGUAGAAAAAAUAUUGCAGCCCAUUAUCAAGAGGUCAAGAGGUCGUCCUAAAAAAUUAAAAAAUAAACUUCCCAUACAAGAAGACAAGGUUGGUACCAAAAGAAGAGGAAGGCCGAGGAAAGACAAGAAGCCAAUCUCAGAAGCUGAAGAAGAAACUGAUCCAGAAUACUUCGAUGAAUUAAGAAGAAAUAAACGACUUAAAAAGACAAAAGGGAAGAAGAAAAACAAAAUCGUAAUUCAAGAAAAACCAAAUGAAGACAAUGAAACUUACUUUUCAUCCACAGAAGAUGAUAGUUCAAAAGAAGAUGACGACAUAUUCGAAGAAUCCCUCGAUGAAGAAUUUUAUGAAGAAGAAAAUGAAAUCUUUCAAGACGCCAUGGAUAACGAAGAAAUUUUUGAAGAAAAAGAUAAAAUACAAGAAAUUGAAAGUGAAGAAAAUAACAAAGACAAAGGGCGUAAUCUAAGAAGAAAAGAAGAAAUUACUCAAGCACCUCCUGUUCAAGAAAAAAAAUCUACGAGCCCUAAAUUUGGAUCCAAAAAUCAGUAUCUAGUCAGCAUCCAGUCAGUAUCUAAUUUAAAUCAAAGCAAUCGACAUCAUCUCUGUACCAGUAGUCAGUGCGAAUCUAUACUCGUUACCUACGAUUAUCCCAGUCUAAGUAAUACCCAUCUCGUGUGUGACCGAGCCAUUGUCAAACCUCCAAGCAGUAAAAAUUGGAAAGGCGGUGCAUCUGAACUGACUGUGGACGCACGAGCGGAGAACGGGUUUUCAGCUUCACAAAGAAGCAAUAAAGGUGUUUAUUGGAACUGGUCUUCUCUCGGCAACAUACAAAUAAAGAACUUCAAGAAAUCAUUAUAUACUAUUUUAUAAUAAAUUUCAUUUUAACUAAUUCUUAACUUUUAUUCAUUGAUUCUUUUUCCUCAUUCCCAAAUAAGAUUUCUUCGGAAUUUCUUAUUUAAAACGAGGAUAACAAAUGUUAAGAGGUAAGUUACU